AUGAACUUCUUGAGCAAGACAUUGAGUACAUUCACUGGCUCUUCCAUACCCUACACAUUCAAAGAGAAAGUAGUUGAUCCUGUCACUCCCUCGCCGUCAAAACUAGACACUGAUCAGAAUUCAGUUUGGACCUUGUACAAUGGUGUCAAUCCAAAGGACUCCUCCGAAAUAUCAAUCUUUGAAUUCAAUCUUCAUGAACCCAAGACACAGCGCUAUGAAUCGCUAGCGCGUAAUGCAUUCAAGAAGUUGAAGUUAAUCAAAUUUCCUGGGAUUAUAUCAAUUGUUGACUUUAUCGAGAACGAUUCCUUUUUGUAUAUUGUAACAGAAAGGGUAGUUCCCUUGGCAGAAUAUUUGGAUACACAUGCUUUAGAAAGUGAUGCGCUAGUUGCUGGGCUUUUCUCAGUUGAAAAAUCCUUGAAGUUCAUCAAUGAUGAUUGUAAUUCGGUGUAUGGAGGAUUAAACUUUUUCAAUUCGGUUUUUGUAAAUCGUCUGGGUGAUUGGAAAUUGAUGGGGUUUGAAGUUGUUACAAAUUUGGCAUCCGACCCUGACCAACCCAUUUACCGAUUAAGUCAAUAUCUACCUCAUUUCCAACAAGAGGGUAUGGAUCAUGAUUUCAUUAGGCAAAAUCCCAAGAAAUUCGAUGGGUUCAGAUUGGCAUGUCUUGUGUAUGCAGUGUUUAAUGGAAGAGGUGCUGUUGAUACUUCGGCAAAAUUGCCUGUCAAGUUGGUAGGGCCUGUAAAGAGACUACACGCAAAACGUUCCACGAUUGCUACAUUUAUCAAGGAACUAGACGGAUUCCACCAACAAAACAAGGUAAUUCAAUUUGAUCAUCAAUUGCAUGAAUUGCAGUUUAUGAACGACCGCGAUAAAAUUACCUUUUUCAAAGAUGAGUUGCCAUACUAUAUCGAAGACGAUAUAUAUCCGCCUGGAAUGUUGAAUUACAAGCUACUUCCGGAAUUGAUUCGCCAGUAUAAGCAGCUGUUAAAAAAUGGUUCUGCUACAUCCAGUGCGUCAACUGAACCAAACGCCGUUGAUCCUGUUGCAAGACAAGAAACAUUGACUGCCAUUUUGAACUUUAUUGUCAAAUUUGGAUCGAAAUCGACAGCCGAGGAAUUCAACAAGCAGAUCAAGCCCAUAAUUUUUGACAGCUUCAAUCUUGCGGAUAGAUCUAUUCGAUUGGUGUUGUUGACUCAUUUGCCCGAAUAUCAAGAAUUCCUUUCGGAUUCAGAAAUACAAUCCAAGAUUUUUACUCCAUUAACUACUGGGUUUCAAGAUACUAACUUCAUGAUUAGAGAAACAACGUUGAAAUCAAUCACCAUUAUUAUUGAUAAGAUUUCAGUAAAGCAAGUCAAUCAGGAGUUGCUCCGUAUUCUAGCCAAAUCGCAAAUGGAUCCUAAGCCUUCAAUAAGAGUAAACACGUUGAUAUUGAUUGUCAAGAUAUCAUCCAAAAUUUACGCAAAUUCAAAGAAUAAUGUGCUAAUAACUGCCCUAUCAAAGUCAUUGCGUGACUCAUUUGUUCCUUGUAAGAUGGCUGCAUUGAAUGGAUUUAAAUCUUUGAUUGAUGAGUUUUCGUUGGAAGAGAUAUGCUCAAAAAUUUUGGGGCACCUUGCUAUAUCCUUAAUGGAUAAGAAAUCAGCAAGAGUUCGGAAAGAAGCCAAGCAUGUGUUUGAUCUAUAUUUGAAUUCAGUGGAGACACACGCAAAAGAGUUGCCGGAAGUGGAACCAGAUGAGGAUGAGGAAGAAAAAGAAUUUUACAAACGAUUUGCGCCUCAAGCUCAGCCCCAGGAUCAGGUUAAGAUUUCGCAGGAUCAACAACCAUUACCGAAUUCCGAUUCCGCAUCAAAUGGAGGCUAUUUCGGAUGGGGCGUGGUUAACAAGUUGGCUUCCUUUAGUGGUGGGGCCUCGUCCACAGACAUGGCGGCUCCUGCUGGACAAUUGAACAAAGAUUUCAAUAAAUCUACACCAGACAUCACACGAAUCGGGACUCCCACACAGCAACAAUUGCCAAUAUUGGAGACUCCCCGAGAUGUAGACAAUAUAAAUAACUCCUUGGGAAAUGCAACAAGUCAGGAAUGGGAUGACGACGAAUUUGACGAGGGUUGGUUGGACAAUGAUGCCGGUUUCGGCAAAACUGAUGACCAAAAACCCUUGGUCGAGCCGGUUCGUAAAUUGAAUCUUGGUAAAUCAACUGAUAUACAUACAGCUCAAGGAGGAAUAAGGUCGACAAGAAAACCACUCGGCGCCAAAAAACCAGCUUCUUUGAGAUUAGGACAUGGUGCAAAGAAGGAAGCAAACAAGCCUAAGCCCAUAUUAAAUUUGAAUUUAGCAGUUGAAACAGGUGAUGAUGGAGAAGAGGAUGGUUGGGGAGACGGCUGGUGA